CCAACAUGUACAGCACCGAGAAGCUGAAAGUGCUACUCUUGUGCAGCAGCCUGGUUUUGAUGGCCGUGGCCGAGGAAACAAAGAAAAGUGAGACUAACGUUGAAAAAAAGGAUGAGAAAACGAAGCGUGGCCUCGAACUGAGCCUGGGAAGUCACAGUUUCGGGGGAGGUUUUGGAGGAGGUCAUGGAUUCGGCGGAGGUCAUGGCUUCGGAGGAGGAGGCGGCUUUGGCGGCGGUGGUGGUGGUGGUGGCGGCUUCGGAGGAGGCGAACAUAUCUCGACCGAACAUAUUCCAGCGGUGACGAUAACGAAACAAGUACAUGUCCCGGCACCGUAUCCAGUCGAGGUUGAAAAGCAUGUACCUUAUCCGGUAAAAGUACCGGUUAAGGUACCCAUCGAUCGACCAGUUCCCGUCCACGUGCCGGCACCUUACCCGGUGACCGUCGAGAAGCACGUACCCUAUCCAGUGGAUAAACCAGUACCUUAUCCCGUCAAGGUACCAGUCAAGGUUCCCAUCAAAGUGCCCUAUCCAGUCAAGGUACCAGUCAAGGUUCCCUACACCGUGUCUAAACCCGUACCCUAUCCUGUUAAAGUCCCAGUAGUCGUGAAAGAACCUUAUCCCGUGGUACUCGAGGAUCAUCACGGAGGUGGUGGUUUUGGCGGUGGAUUUGGCGGUGGAUUUGGCGACGGUGGUUACGGUGGUGGACACGAGCUCGAACUCGGUGGCUACGGUCAUCACUGAGAUCGAGCUGUGAUAUAGCACUACGCGACCAACAGGGACCUCACAACUUUCCGUGUUUUUCCUUCUUCUUCUCCUAUCCCUCCUCCACCACCGCAAACUCUCUUCUUCUUUCUACUUUCGAUGAAAACCGCGCACCACCGUCGGAGAGAGAGAGAGAGAGAAAGAGAGAGAAAACCACCGCGUACGUCCCACGAGGAAGAUGGAAUGCUCUACUCGUAGGUACACGUUAAACUCUAGAGAAAAAUUUCGCUCGAUAGAAAGAACGAAAAUAAAUGAGAGUGCCGCCGGGAACGAGAGAUUCCCGAGAUAUUGUAUUCGCUGCGCUGAGAUUUUAC